AUGAUUUUUUUUUGUCAAUUUGAAAAAAAAUGUAGUGGGCUAUUUCUUUUAAGAGGAAUGCGAUAUUUCACAUCCUCUAAAAAAAUAUCAAAUUAUUAUUCUCAUGAUGGUCCGAGUGUAAGAGAUAUGGAUAAUGAAUAUAAAAAAUUUAUAGAAAUAAGAAAGAGAGAGAAUAAAAUAGGUGACUUUAAAAUAACAAACAUUGACAUCAAUACGUUUAAGAAAUAUAAACAUAAAAACAAUCCAACUUUUUCAACAGAAUUUAAAAUAUUUAUAACAGGUAUAAUAAUUAGUAUGUGGUGUGUUUUUGCUAUUUAUUUAACUAUAAGAAUUAUGUCACCUGAUAACUUUGAUUGGGUUGAGGAUGAAAGAAAAAGAUUAGAAGAUGCCAAGAAAAAAAUUAUUUUAAUAAAAGAAAAAAAUAUGGAAAAAAGUAUAGCAGAAUGA